UUGCUUGUGCGUGUUUCCCUCGCCGGGUGAACUGAACUGUGUGGCCGAGUGACCGAGUGCGGUAGCAAGUGGCCACCGGAGCGAGGCUACGGCAAGGCUUGGGGAGGACGGUUGAGCGAAGGGAGAAAUAAGCUGAAAGUACCAUGGGCUGGAUAUGUGUGUGGUCGCGGACUCUGCCGAGUCUGGUCGUUGUGGUGGUACUUGUCCUCGCUCUGGCGGUGGUGGACUCUCGCUCGAAUGGGCCGGUGACCGAAGCGGCCGAAUGGCCGGCAAGCGACGCUGUCCAGCCACGCGUCCGCAUUGCUGCCUACUAUCAGGGCUCUUCGCCGCACAUCUCGCUACUUCAACAAUGGAUUGCGGCGUACAAUGCAUAUGCUGCAGGCAACACGAGUGCUGAGCUCGUCCUGUACCCCCUUCCUGACAGUUUCGAGGAGUCCCUUCCCUGGGUCCUUGGUGGCAUGGACGUCAUUCUCACGUACCCAAGUCAUGGCGAGACACUGCUGACCGGAGCGUAUAUGGUCCCGCUUGAUGAGGUAUGGCAGCGUAACGAUCUGGAAGAUGCUGUACUCGCUGUGCUCAAACGGACUCUGGCGGCGGGUGGUGACCACAGGUACGGCGUGCCGGCGCUUGCCCUUGCAGGCGUUUGCACCUACCGCAAGUCGAUGUUUGCUGCGCUCGGCGUGACUGUGCCUAGCCAUUGGACAGCCUUGCUCGCGUUGUGUGCCAAGGCCAAAGCUGCCGGGCGGAUGUGCCUCGCGGUUGACGUGGGGAUUGAGGGUGCGUCGGCGCUCUUUGACUUACUCUUCAUCCGCAUGUACGGUCACAAAGCUUACAGCGCAUUCCUCCUCGGCGACGUCUCGUUUGUGGACGGGCCGGUCCGGUCAGUGAUGGAAGAAAUCAUCUGGCUCCAUGAGGCUGGCUACUACGUGGCGUCGGACACACCGGCUGGGCGCAAGCUGCCGCACUCGCGUGGCGUCCUCAGCAAUUCGUCUGUCAUCUCGUGCGGCGUCGACAUGUUUGCCAGCAUGAUGAGUCGGGACGAGUCUGCCGACGACCUCGCUUCGUUUGCCUUUCCUGUUUACGACGGCCCCAUUGGGUCGGGGCGCGGCGCGGCGGACAUGCACAGCGCACCGUCGACCUCGGUCUACUUGGCUGCUCCGCGAAGCGCUACCAAUGUGGCCGGCGCGGUUGACUUUCUGGCGUUUGUCUCGUCGGCUGCCGGACGCAGCAUUCUCUCGGCGUGGCUGAGCCAGACGCAUGCCUCGUGGGGUGUGCCGGUCUUCAAGUCGGUUGCUGAUGAACUCGCGUCGCAGCGGACAGCGCUGGGCCGGCAGCUACUCGACUCUGACACUGCUCCGCCGCUUCCGUUUUCACGGCGGGGUCUCUCACCGCACCAGCUGUCUGUAUCCUGGAUUAAGCUGCUGGGCAACGUUCAGUUGGCGGCCACGGUGGCCGAUGCACGGGAAGAGCUCGACGCUGGACUGGAGACGAUGGAGGCGAUUCGGCUCGCUGAACGGUUCCACAAGGCGUCACCGCCGCGAAUGCUUCCAGUAUCAGGGACGUACCUGGGCGAUGUCGAGGUGACGAUGACAAGUGUGACGCCGAACGCGACCAUGUACUACACGCUCGACGGGAGUAUGCCGACGCCGAGGUCGGCCAAGUACCGCGGGCCGUUUCGGGUGCGCGGCGAGGUGACGACGGUCCGGGCCAUUGCGGUUGCGUUUGCACUCUACGAGUCGACGGUGGCCCAGGCCGAGUACAAGACAGCAUCGAGCGCCCAGAGCUACUUGGGCGCGGAUGACGAUUCGCUCAAGGUUGCACUCGGCGUGUCGACAGCGGUGGUGGCGUGCGCAGUGGUGGCGAUUGCGGUUGGUGUGCUGGCGGUGCGGCGGCGGUUCCGGCGGACAGACGUUGCGCCGCUGGGCGACAAGGCAAUUCCGUUUGACGAGUUGGAUGUCAAGGGCGUUGUUGGGCUUGGUGUGUUUGGCAUGGAGUACAUGGGCGCGUGGCAAGGCAAGGCUGUCGUGGUCAAGCACUUGAGUAACUUUCCGACCCACGGAAGCUUCCGACGCGAGUUCAAUGUUAACUGGGCGGCGCUGGCAGACGAGAUGGAGCACGUCAUGCAUCUCUCGCACCCGAACGUGUCGGCGGUGCUCGGCUUGGCGCGCUCGCCGCCGGUCCUUGUCAACGAGUUUGUGCCGCGCGGCUCGCUGUACAAUGUGCUUCACACGCGGCACAUUGCGCUCGACUCGAGUGUCAUUUUUAUGUGGGCACACAAGCUGUGCGAGGGCAUGGCGUACUUGGUGGAGCACGGCGUGACGCAUGGCAGCCUCUCGUCGCUCAGCAUCCGACUCGACAACGGGUGGCAGCCGAAGCUCUGUGACUUUGGCUUUCCGCUCCUCCGGACCGGCUCGACCUCGGCGCGGAAUGCGCUUGAUCGGACGCACCUUGUCGAGUCUGGGCGCCUGGUGGCGUCGUCGUCUGGCUUCGGCUUGUCGAGCACGUACAUGUCGACCGGCCAUGGACCGAGGUUGAUGGCAGCGGUGCUGGAGGGCUCGCUCUCGGCUGGCUCGACGAGCCAAAUGUUCGGCUCUGUAACCGAGGGAGAGAUGAAUGUGGCCAAAGAGCUGCCGUCUGCUGAGUCGAUGUACUGGCUAGCGCCCGAGGUGCUCCAGCUCGGGGCGAAUGGGUUGUCGCGUGCGGCGGAUGCGUAUGCGCUUGGCAUUGUACUGUGGGAGCUGACGACACGGCGCGACGUGUACUGGGCGGAGAAUCCGCUUGCGGCGGCGCUUGAUGUGGUGCGCAACGAGAGGCGGCCCAACGUGGGCGAGGUGCCGGUUGUUUUUGAUGACAUCCGCAGCGUCAUGGUCGAGUUGUGGCGGCCCGAGCCCGAAGCGCGGAUGGAGUUUGUGGUUGCGGCGCAUGCGCUAGGUGCGCUUUACAGCGAGAGCCAUGUCAUUCUCCCCCGAUGCAUGGCGGCGGUGGUAGGCCGAACAACAGUGGUCCACUGCGAGCUUCUGGGUGCGCUCCGGGGCUUGCUCUGCGGAAGUAAGGCCGAGACCGCGCGCCUGACGGCGUUCCACCACGGCCUCCCGGAGCUGGCCAAGCGGACGGGCGGCACAGUGUUUGAGUGGGGCUUGGGGUGGGUGACAGCAGUCAUGGAGACGCGGCAGUCGGUAAUUGACUUUGCGCGGUUUAUCCGCGAGUUGGAGCUGUCUUCGGGCCCGGUGACAGUGAUGGCGACGCAUGCCGAGCUAGAGGCGAUCGACGUCGACGCAGGGCGGCGGACCCUUGCCGGGCCCGCCAUGAGCGCCAUGCGCACCAGCUGGCGAGCCAUGUUUGGCCCAUACCGCAACGAGAAUCUCACUCGGCACACGGGUAAUGGGCACGCCCCAUCGAGCGCAACCGGAGUGUUUGCGGUCGGCGAGCUGGCAUCUGUGCUCAAGGGUGACGUCCAUGUCACGCUGCACAAGGUCGGCCAGCCUGGCGUGUGGCAGCUGCUGCGAGUCGGAGAGGCGCCUGUUGAGCUCGACGCUGACGCUGUCGCAAGAGAUGGGACGCUCGGCAAAGGAGCGAGACGGCGGGGCAGGGCCAUGUCGGCUGGUGCGGCCAGCGAGGCGCUUUCGUCGGAACUGUCAUCGUCAUCGUCAAGCCUUAGCGGCGAAGAGCGAGAGAGCACAAGCAUUGCUGAACGGGUUGCAUCUGCAGGAACGCUUGGCGUGCAGGAGCAGUCGCGAGCGAUGCUUCGCGAGGUGACAGCCGGCGUGACGGCGCUGCACCUGCUGACGACGAGCGAAGUGGCAGCGAUGGUGGAGCAAGGUGGCGAAGUAUGGCAGAGCUCACUAGGCGUUUCGCACAAGGCCGAGCUUCCGUACGGCGACGAUGAGGAGCUCACGCACCCUGUAGUCGUCAAGGUUCUCGCGCGGCAGACGUACUCGGCAUCGGAGCUGGUGGUGUUUGCGGCAGUGUGUGUGGAGGCAGCGGCGACGCAGGUGGGCGGCGUGAUGGGGCCGAUUGCGGUGUGUGUAGAGGCACCGUACAUGGCAAUUGUGACGCCGCGGUUUGAGCAGGGCUCGCUAGCGGAUGCGCUGACGCUCUCGAUCUCAUCUGUGACAACACAGCGGGUGCGCGAUGUAUGUGUCUCGAUACUGUCGGGUCUUGCAGCACUGCAUGCGGCGUCGGGCCGCGGGCACGGCGCGCUCCGCCCGUCGAACAUCAUGCUCGAGGGCCGCGGCUUGGGCGAGGCAGCGUCGCGGCGGCUGGCGGUGACGCUGGUCGACUUUGGGCUAGAGGCGGUGCGGACUAACCUGGGGACGGUGACGCAAGUGCCGGUUGUGCGGUACAUGUCGCCUGAGGCGCUUCGUGGGGUGGCCGGCUCGCAACAGGGCGACAUCUUUGUGGCGGGCACCAUCAUAUACGAGCUCGUAACCGGCUUUCCCGCCUUUGGCGACGAGAGCUCGUCGCUCGAAGCGGCGAUGGACAUUGUCGACGGAAAACGGCCGGUGCUCGAUGAGCAUCUUGUCUUCUCCGAGUCGCUGCGGAGCCUCAUCCAGCGGUGCUGGCUAGAAAAUGCCCAGCUUCGGCCGAGUGCUGAUGAGUUGCUGAGCGAGCUGAGCAAGCUAGCCGUCGGCGACUUUAUCGGUGUCCAACGGCGAGCUGCGCACGGCCGGACCAUUCCCGCGGGAGCAACAGCCUCCGAGUCAAGCUCGACAGCACGAUCCGGUGUGAGCAUGGGCACCCACGGCCCGCCACGACCGCAUCCUGCCCAGCUCCGCCUCACAUAGUUGCUCAUCGUAAAUGAAGCGGGAGCCAG